AUGGCCCAGUCCGUGUGGGGCUACGACAGCGACAACGGACCCGAGCGCUGGCACGAAAACUACCCCCUGGCCAAGGGCGACAAGCAGUCGCCCAUUGAGAUCAACAGCAAGGACGUGCAGCACGACUCCUCUCUCGCCUCCUGGCACGCCAGCUAUGACCCCGGGGCAGCGAAAACCAUCCUGAACAACGGGCGCACCUGCCGCGUCGUCUUCGACGACACUUUUGAUCGAUCAGUGCUGAGGGGGGGCCCGCUGAGCGGCGCCUACCGCCUGCGCCAGCUGCACCUGCACUGGGGCUCCUGCGACCAGCACGGCUCCGAGCACGUCAUCGACGGCGUCAAGUACGCGGCAGAGUUACAUAUGGUGCACUGGAACCCAAAACACGGUAAUUUUGCUGGAGCUUUAAAACAACCUGAUGGUGUAGCUGUUGUUGGAAUUUUUCUGAAAGUAAGUAUUAAAUAUUCAGUCUUUGUAAUUUUUUUAAUUCUUGAAGAAAUUGAAAACAUUAAGACUAAGGGGAAGGAGGCUCCUUUUCUGCACUUUGAUCCUUCAAUUCUUUUCCCCAAAUCUCGUGACUACUGGACCUACCAUGGUUCAUUCACCACACCCCCUUGUGAGGAGUGCAUCACUUGGAUUCUUCUGCGGGAGCCAAUUGAAGUCAGCUCAGACCAGAUGGCAAAGCUCCGUAGCCUUUCCAAGAACCCUGAGAAUGAACCCAUGAGCCCUCUUGUUGACAACUGGCGCCCACCGCAGCCCCUGAAGGGCCGGAUAGUGAGAGCCUCGUUCAAGUGA